AUGGGAUCUCGGGUCAAUGUCAGCCAGAUUAAUUCGCCGGAUGGUAUUAGAAUGGAGGAGGUAAUUCCGAAAUCCGAACCCAACCCUGAGGGUUCUUGCAGUUCAUCAGUCUCAACACCAGAACCAGAUGGUGAAACGGUCAUUCAAGAUGCUGCCCAUAGGCAAAAGCGUAAGGGAGGCCGAAAGCCCAUAUAUGCCACCUCUGAAGAGCGUAAGCAAAGGAAUAGGCAGGCGCAAGCCGCUUUCCGUGAGCGUCGCACCGAGUAUAUAAAGCAGCUGGAGACUACCAUCAAGCACAAUGAGGAGACUCUUCAGACAUUACAACAGAGUCACCGGAGCGCCGCUGACGAGUGUCUGAUGCUUCGCUAUAAAAACUCGCUGCUGGAGCGCAUUCUUCUGGAAAAGGGCAUCGACGUUCAGGCUGAGCUGUGUUUGAAAAAUGGCAGUCCCAAUCUGCCACCAGUAAAACCUGCUAGACAACCCAUAAGCCGAAAACCCCCCCUUUCACGAACCGCUAUGAACAGGCAGUCUGUCAAUCGUCACAAGGUCAGAAUGCCACAAAAGCUUGACCAAUCUAAUAUCCAUCAGGCACAUCGUGAGGAUUCCUAUACCAUGAGAUCCCCACAACUACAACCGACGCCUAAAUCUCAUGCCUCAUCGCCUUCUGCCGUCAAGUCGCCCGUCUUCGGCCUACAAAGCGGUAUGUCCCCACGCUGCGCAGAAAUCCAACCCCAGCUCCAACAUAAUAAUCUGCAGCCCCACCAACGACCGCCAAUAUUACCCCCGCUCGCCGGUUACAACAACAACAACGGUGGUACCAGCGCUCACCGUCCCAUUUCAGCUACCCCUUCCUAUCCCGCAGAUCAAACCACGGCUUCCUACCCGAACAUAUCCCCAGGUAGCCAGAUGAACCCAAGCCGGCCUGGCUCAGAACAGGAAUAUGACGCCCAAGUCGACAUGGACGAUGAUGAGCCGGACAAUGGUGGCGAUUCCGCGGAAGGCAUUUCGUACACGGUCGGCUACCAUGACGAGACAUCGAUCUCGUCUCGACGGGCUCAGCGGAAUGAGCAGCGGGCUGCUACUGCUAUUGCUGGCCAUAACGGCCAGAUGGAAUGCUUUGAACGGGGAGGUUCGUUCUUUGAUCACUUCGAUCCCAUGCUAGAUGCAGAUCCAUUUGGCUUGACGGCCAGCAUGCACUUCCAGACACCGUUCAGCUACGGUCAGAACCACGCACGGCUGUAA